AUGCCGCAAGACAAUCCAACCGCGAAUGUCCUCAUAGAAGGAGUGGUGGACGAACAAAAAGACUACAUUAAUUACUUUGAACGCACUAUUCGCAAUAUUCCGAGAUGGCCACGAGAAAGACGCACCAUCGAAAAAUAUGAGUCUCAAGGCUACUCAGUGGAUAAUAUUUUUGCUCAGUUUUGCGAUAAUCACACGGCACUUGUUAAACACCUAGAUGCUCAAGAUAGAUAUUUCACUGAGAAUACAUUCAAAAAAGCAAAACAACUGUUUGACGAAAUAAAAAAGGUAAUUAAUAAUAAAAUUGAAGAUUUAAGAAAGUCACCACAGUCGGAGAACGAUCGCGAUGAAACUAAAACUGAUUCCUCUGGAGAAGAAUCUAAUGAAGACUCUGACUCCGAGAGUGAGGAAUGUGAUGAGCCAGCAAGAAAUAGAAGGCACACAAUUGCAAAAUUGCCAAAGCUACCAGCCAUAACAAUAAAAACAUUCAAUGGGGAGCCCAAGGAUGAGCCUACGAGGGUGAUAUCAAACUUGGAACUCACGGAAGUAAAUUAUGAUAUUGCACUCGAUAAAAUAAAAAGGAGGUACAAUAAUGAUCGUAAAAUUGUUGCAUCCUAUAUUAAUGCGAUCCUUGAUAUUAAGAAUGUGGAAUUCAGGAACGGGAAUGAUAUCCGUAAAUUGCAUGAUAUUCUCGAUGAGUGUGUUACAGCUUUAGGGAAAAUGGAGGAUAUAUGUCCUCAUUCAUUUAUUACGGCAUUUGCUCUCAGGAAACUCGAUUCAGAGAGCUCCAGAAUCUUUGAACAAAAUAUUAAAAAUGCGAGAAAAAUGCCAACCAUAGCAGAGUUUCUGGAAUUUCUGGAGGCACGAUAUCAUUGCAUCUCGCAAGAGAAAAACCUUGAACACAAAGGCAACAGCAAAAAAUCUAAGAGUCAGCGAAAAUCCUCAUUUCAGUCGACGGCGAGUGCGGACUUUGUUUGCCUUUGGUGCAAUGAAAAUCAUACAAUUUCGAAAUGCGAGAAGUUCAAGGCCCUUUCAGUAGCUGAAAGGAAUAAUGCCGCAAAGAAGAAAUCACUGUGUUUUAAUUGUCUUAAUAAAUACAAUGUAAAAGAUUGCACGAGUAAAUAUAAGUGCAAAAUUUGCUUCAAAAAACACCAUUAUUCGCUUCAUAAGGAUGAAGUUAAGCAAAAGACCACGGCAGGGUCAAAUGGUGUUUCUCAGGCUACGGUAGCCAACACAGAUGAAGCUAUUGUCUACGCGGAAAAUGUACUGUCUCUCCACGAACGAAGUGUGGAAUCAAUCUUUCCCACGGCAUCAGUUUGGGUGCUAGGCAGUAACGGAAAAUGGCAAAUUUUCCGGGCAUUAAUAGAUUCCGGGGCAGGGGAUAACUUCAUAACGACGAAAGCAGCCCAAUCACUUAGGCUCAAUAAAGAGAAACCACAUUUUGAUGAUGCAUUUAAUGCUCAAGUUGAAGCUUUCGGCCUGCCAAAGCUUACUGGAAUGUUGCCGUCACGGAAUAUUUUGUUGCACGAAGACGUAAUUCCGUCCAACAUGACCUUGGCGGAUCCAUCAUUCCAUGAGCGGGGCAAAAUUGAUAUCAUAUUUGGCGUUGGUGUAUAUCGCCAAAUUAUAGCGAAGGGCAUUAAAAAACUCACCAAUAAUGAAUUUGCUCUGCAAAAAACUCGUUUAGGAUGGAUAGCCUUUGGUGAGCAAAGCAACAACAGCUCAAAAAUUCCACAACCUUUGGUAAUAAGCUUGGUCAGCAUGACAGAAAUAGAUGCGAACCUGAGACGUUUUUGGGAGCUCGAUGCACAGCCUGAAGAAAGGGGUCUCACAGAUGAUUUUUGUGAGAAGCAUUUUAAAAGAACUGUCCAGAGACAAGCAGAUGGAAGGCACAUAGUAGCCCUACCAUUCAAGGACGAAAAUCCCAAUCUUGGGGAUUCAAGGAAAGCCGCAAUGGCGUGA